CAGCAAUCCCGACAUCAGUUGGUACUUCGUGGUGCACGAGGAAGCAGCCCAGCAGGUACAUCAAGAAAUUGAAGAAAGGCACGUUAAAUAUUUGACUCAGCAAUGUAUCCACGACAGUUAUAUCCUUCUCACUACAGGAGUACUUCACAAAUCCCAGUUGGCCAAAGAAUGUCCCGUGACAGCGAUCAUGUGCGGGUUACACUAGAUGGGAAUGUUGUGUACGAAAGCUACAGUCACUCGCGUGUGAACAGAUUCACCAGUGAUGAUCCAGUUGUAUUCAACAGGUCAAGACUACAAUGGUACGACUCAAAUACACGUAGACAACUCUUGCCCGAGUCACCGACACGUCCACAGCCAUCUGGACUCAUUACGAGAAGUGAAUUCGAAAAACUACCAGUUAGCAUAUACACAAUCAAACAGAACGAACCGACCAAUAGUGAUCAAGCACAUGCAGCCAACUCGUUCACUAACUCACCCAACACUUCGAUGUGUAUUCCGGUAAUAGGUAGAAAUCAGGGCAGUGCACCAUUGUCACCGGGAACCGCUUAUCUACAGCCUGAGUCGAAAUCAGCCACACUCUUCGAGAUUCAACCCAUACAGUCGUCACCAUCAAGAGGUCGACCUGCAUGUGAGAUUUGUUUGAAUGAAUAUCAAAAUAAUGAUCGGCUUCGACAUCUUCCUUGUGGUCAUGCGUUCCACAUGAAAUGCAUCGACAUUUGGCUGAAACUAUCGACGACAUGCCCGAAAUGUCGGGCUGGAGUUCGGACUGGACUGAGUCGCUUGAGACUUGCUGCUCUUCGAAUAAGGGACCAGCCAGUUAGUGUAACAAGUGCAGCAUCCGCACCUGUACGAGCUAUUCGUCCACGACUUGGUGCUUCCACUUCAGGUGCUCAGGAACAGAUUCGUACAACGAAUUCACGACAAGGUUCAACCACCAGCACCACAACAACAGCAACAACAACAUCAACGGUUGCUACUACAGCUACUACUACCAAUCGAAGAGCAAUAACUGCACGUAAUCCUGUCGUUAUGAGUUCUUCUAACACAUCAACUAGUCGUAUUCCUCGUCUUUCGAUACGACCUCCUUCUUCUUCUUGUUCAACUACAGCCACCACAACUACUAAUAUCACAACUUCUAGAACAAUGUCAGCUACUACUAGUCGUCGUACAAAUACUGUGGCUAGUAGACGAAAUCAAGGGAAUGCGUUGGAUUCAAAUUCUGGUCAGUCAAGCAAUGCUUCGCUUACGUCGGCUGUUGCUCAGUCGAUUGACAGUAGAUGUAAUCGAAAUGAAUUGACAGCAAAUCCAUACAAUGCUCAAGCGAACACCACGUGUUCUAAUGGAGUCAGUGAGUCGGUGAUGGCUCGACAGAAGGCUGUCGAAGCAGCUAUGCAACGAGAAGCCGAGUUCCGUCGAAGACAAGAGAACGAGCCAAAUGGGUCGUUAGAUUAAUCGUGAGAAAAGUAGAACAGUGACUGGUACUUCUUGGCGUGUUCUUUUGGAAUUCGAGUGAAUGACCAGUGUAUUCUCCACACUGAAUAAACAUGUUUUGUAUUUUUGAUAUAUAUAGUCACUAAACAUUAUGAGUUAACCGUGAAA